GCGUAGCAUCCAGAUAUUAUAAAGAUCUAUCCACAGGGGCCUGAAUUCACCGGUUCCGGGCUAACUGCUAGCCGCCUGAAUGUCAGCCAAGGCUAGCCGAUCUUAGCAUAGCAGCUGUUAAGCCCCGUGUGCCUGAAGCGUGUUGGGGUUGCUGCUUCAUGCUGCUGGCCCGCGCUUUGAUCAAGAUGUCAAGUCUCAACCCUCUGUUAAGGCUGGAGCAGCGAGCAGCUGAGGCCGACCAGAUCAUAGAGUACCUCAAACAGCAAGUCCAGCUGCUGAAGGAGAAAGCCAUCGUCCAGGCCAGUGUCAGAGAAGAGAAGAAACUGAUGGUGGAGAAUGCCAAACUGAAGAAUGACAUCGAGGAACUGAAAAAACAGCUGCUGGAAAAAGAGACGAAGAGGGGAGUGCGAGAGGUCAGCACGCCAUCAGCUGCAGCCAGUGUCGAGUGCAGUUUGAAGCCCUCGCCUCCCAAAGGCUCUGAUCCGGCACCGUCGUCCUCCCCCUCUGCUGCUGCUGCUGUUCAGAGCCCCGCUCCCAAAGAUGAGAGCAAAAAGAAGAAGCCAGAGAAAAAAGGAGGGGAGAAGGCUGAGAAGAAGCAGGCAGCUCCCAACCAGGACGAUGCCAAGGUGGACGUGUCUCGCUUGGACCUGCGCGUCGGACGUAUAGUCACAGCCGAGAAGCAUCCCGAUGCAGACAGUCUCUACGUGGAACAGGUCGACGUGGGGGAGGCUUCACCCAGGACGGUGGUCAGCGGUCUGGUCAAGCACAUACCUCUGGAACAGAUGCAGAACCGCAUGGCAGUGCUGCUGUGUAACCUGAAGCCAGCCAAGAUGAGAGGAGUAGUGUCCCAGGCCAUGGUGAUGUGUGCCAGCUCGCCAGACAAGGUUGAAAUCCUCGAUCCUCCGAGUGGAGCCGUGCCAGGGGACAGAGUUACUUUCCAGGGAUUUCCAGGUGAACCAGACAAAGAGCUGAACCCCAAGAAGAAGGUGUGGGAGCAGGUUCAGCCGGACCUACGCACGGACGCCCAGUGUGUCGCAACCUACAAGGGAGCUGCUUUUGAAGUCGCCGGCAAGGGAAUGUGCAAAGCCCAAACCAUGAGCAACAGUGGAAUCAAAUAAAAGCAGAGCCGGUCGAAAUAGCUCCGUGUUUACUCGGCAAUUAUCAUCAGCGAUGACUGUGAUGGUGUUGGGAAAUAGAUCGUGAUAAAAGCUUUGAAGACGGUUCAAUAAAGGAAUUUGAUAAUAUG